AUGAGUCUCACUCAUCAUGAUAUAAGGUUGCAUAACCCUGAGAUAGAUAACUCUGAGAUCAUUACGAGUUGUGGGGAGUUUCCUAACAUCCCUCUCAUUGGAAGAAAGGGUUGCAUCAACUACAAACCUAUGCCUGCACUUCAUCAGUUAGGGUAUACAAUGGAUGGUGAACCUUUAGACAAGGAUGUUGAAGAUUCUAUUUUCUUUGGUAAGGUGGAAAAUCCUGGAAUGUUGAAGAAAGUACAACUAGAUUGGACCAAUAUUCAUAGGAAAGACGAAGUUCUCCUUGGUAGGAAAGAUGCUAGUGUUGGGAUUCCUUAUACCAAAUGGGUCAUAAAGAGAGUUGAAACUCUGCUAGUUCCUUAUCCCCAAGAAGAAUCAUUCCAUUAA